CGCGAACACGUGCCGACGGCGACUCGACUUACAAUACCAUCACAGGCACCUCCCACGUCGCCCAACGACUUGGGAAUUAUGCUUUUCUAAGGUUCCUUUAGGCAGCCUGAUAUGUUUUUCUCUCUCUCGGGGCUCGUGGUACUACUCUUCUUCUCUAUACUUCUGGAGACGGCUGCAUGGAUAAAUUAUGACGCUGACGGUACAGCAACAAUGACCCAUUAUGAACUUCCAGAGAAUUACGUUGCAUCCUGCGGUUGCACGCCUUCAAGUACUCACUAUCCGACUGCUGCCCUUUCUCAGAUGGCAUACGGAAGCAGCACUGCGUAUGGUCCUGGUUGUGGAAAAUGCUUCAAUUUAACUUUGCUAAAUUCUUGGACAUCGACUCCUCCAUUCUACCCUUCUGUUAUAAAGCAUAUCGUUGUUAAAGUAACAGAUCUGUGCCCCCUUAGCGGCGACGGCUGGUGUUCUGCUACUGAAUCGAAGCCAAACCCCUCGGGGCAAUACUUGAAUUUUGAUCUGGCCUAUCCAUCUGAUGCCAUUCCAGACAACUUUUUCCCGUCGAAUGCAUCGCUGUAUGGUUAUACUGAUUUUGGGGUCUGGAAUAUCAGCUACCAGACGGUUUCGUGUGAAAAUUGGGCUGGUUGGGACAAUGCAGCUGCAUUGGGGAGUGUAGCAUAUCUAGGAAGCGAAAGUGUUUGCUGUCCUGACAAUCCUACGGGAAAUGCUAAUGACACUUGUCCAUCAUAUUCUGAUAACAAUGGCAUUCCGCAAGUGGUUUCCGUUGUCGCACUAGGAAUUUUCUAAUGCGGUUCAAUAGGCCUGAUACCACGACAAACUCAAGUCCGCAAAUCGCCGGAGCUAUACCCUCCAUUCUUAUACUUGUAUCUAUUCUUCUGUGCUGUUACGCAGGGUAACAUAAUUAUUGUUACUUAUAUCUACAUGAUAUCCUUAUACAACAUUCUUCACUAUACCAAUCAAAUUAGUCUGCCUGACUAACGGGAGAAACUAUUCCACG